GAGGGGGAGAGGCGUCACGUCGGUUUGUUUCAGUUUGUUUGGUGUGAGUGAAACCACGUGUAUGGCGAUCCUGUUACUGUCAUUUGGCCGUCAAUUGCCUUGGUGGUAACACGUCUUCCACGACUGUUUGCUGGUUACCGGUGACACUUUCUCGUUGAAUAGGGCUGGAGUUACUUUGGGACUGGAAUAGUGUUCUUUCCGGUCCGUUAACUCAAUAAUUCUAGUACAGUCUGUCGUAACCUCAAAUCGUAAACACAUCAACCUUUCGUUGACAGAUAGCGAAAAUUACUAGCCUCGCGCUAUCUUUGUUUAACACAUAGGUUAGGUUCCUCUCUGUCGAAUUCCGACCACAGGCAGUUUGCCGUACUUUCUAAAAGUAAUAGUAGAUCUAGUGACUUUAUGUUAACUAGGUUAAGUUUAGUUGGUUUGGCAGUUGACAAAAAAGGGAAAGCCCUAACAUGUGGUGUAAAUUUGUUUUGUCGUUUAUGUCAGGAUUUGAAUCGUUAACUGGUUCUAACACAAUUUAACAGUUUGUUUAGAUAAAGCACUUGUAAUUUUGUUAACUUUGCAAUUUCUCUUUCUCUGUCUCACAAUUUCAGCUUCAGUGUUUGUUAUUUUAUUAUUUAGCUUCUUAUACUUUCAAUAUAGACAGAAAAUUCAUUUAAAACAGUUCUCAGUUCAUGGAGAUGUGAGCCAAAAGAAUGAAUAUAGUUAUUAGUAGUUAUUUAACGACCGAAUUAGUUAAUGAACACUAUUACAAAACGCCGAGAUUGUUAACUAGCCAUUAAGGGUAGUUUCUGGAAUAAUAUUAUUAAUAAAAAUGUUGUUAUCGGAAAACUAGUGGACUCAUUUAACAAGCGUUGCCAAUAUAUACCAACUGAAGUUACUAACUAGGGAUAUUUUCAAUUUGACCAUCUCAAUCAACCUAACCUUUAAAAUGUGAACAAAUAAUAAUUUUCGUGAAACGAGAACAAUCGCCCACUUAUCAGAGUCUAAUUCGCCUCGAAUUGUAUUUUUCCAAAAAAAAGUCAGGUUAGAAUUUUGAUCAGAAGAUCACAAUUUCUAAAACGACAACCACCGACGAUCAUUUCUGAAGAUCUAGGCAACCGAAGUUGCGUUUGCCUGUGUAUUAAGACGGUUUUAAACAAUUAAAAUGUCAACUUUGGAGUAUUAUGAAUCUCUUCGAGGAUUGGGAAGAUCUUCAUGGAGAAACGUCCACAACUGUAAACUGUGUCCCUAUUUUACAACGUCGCUUUUCUUAAUGGUGAACCACGUGCGACGCCACCGUUCAUCUCAGGAAAAAUAUACGUGCGAAAACGCCAAAAUCGAAGUGUACCAUUGUAAAGACUGCGAUUUUAAAACGGAACUAACGAUUCUGUUCAAACAACACAUUAAUAAAAAUCACAGUGUUAAAGGCGAAUCUGGAGACGAUUUAUUACUGCAGGACUUCAGUGUACGAAAUUACGUUUGCGAAAAGUGCGAUUUUGAAACAAAUUUGUCGUUGAAGUGGCUUCAACAUACUUCAGAAUGCACGGGAAAAAAAGAAAAUCUAGCAAGUGUGAGUUCUGUCAAAGAGAAUACAAAUAUUUUCCAUUUCAAGAAAAUUGACGGAAAACGUUGGUAUUAUUGUACGAAAUGUUCCUACAAAGUUAGAAAUAAAGCUAAGUUAAAAUGUCAUAUGAGUAAACAUGAUUUAAACAAACAAUAUGCGUGUGAUGAGUGUCCAUUUCAAACCAAAUGGAAAGGAAAUCUAAGCAGUCACAUAAAACAAAAGCAUUUAUUAUGCAUGGGAAAAAAAGAAAAUCUAACAAAUGUGAGUUCUUCAAAAGAAAAUACCACACAUAGUUUCAAUUUCAAGAAAAUUGACGGAAUACGUUGGUAUUACUGUGCGCUAUGUUCCUACAAAUCUAGAGAUAAAGCUAAUUUAAAUCGUCAUAUGAGAAAACAUGAUUCAAACAAACAACAUGCGUGUGAUAAGUGUCCAUUUAAAACCAGUUAUAAAGGAAAUUUAAAAGAUCACAUAAAACGAAACCACUUAGACGAACGAGAUGUUGAAUGGCACAAAUGUGAAAAAUGUCCCUACAAAACUGUAAACAAAAGUCAUUUAACUAGACACAUAAACAACUUACACUUGAAAGAAGAACAAGGUGAAUGGCACCAAUGCAACGAGUGUCAAUUCAAAACUAGGUAUAAAUGCCAUUUAAAGACUCACGCAAUUUUAAAACAUAUUACGUGAUACGAAUGCGAACUGUGCCAAUUUAAAACAAGGGACAAUAGAUCUUUAAGACACCAUGAGAAUGUGAAACAUUUAAAGAAACAAAAUUCCGAAUGGUGGAAGUGUAAAAAGUGUACAUUUAAAACCGUAAAAGAAUGCAAUGAGUGUCUGCUAAACAAAAAUAAGUUGUACAAAUGUAAAUAUUGUCCAUUCAAAACUAAAUCGGGGUCGUAUUUACAAAAACAUGUAAUUUCUCUACAUUUGGAUGACAAAGAAAUUAAAUGGCACGAAUGUGACAAAUGUCCGUACAAAAGUAAAAUUAAAUCAGAUUUAAAGAAACACAAAGAUUAUAAACAUUCAGAAGAAGCAAAGUGGUAUGAAUGUGCCAAGUGUUCGUAUAAAACGAAAAUAAAAAGCAAUUUAAUACAGCAUGUACAUGUUCAUUUUGACAUCAAACCACAUCAGUGCGAAUAUUGUCCAUAUAAAACGAAACGUACUUGUGAUUUAAAGACUCAUUUAAAUCACCGCCACAUUAAUUUACUUUAAGUUUGGUAUAAUAGUAUUAAGUCGAUGUAUUUUAUGACUAUUUUUUCAUUGAAAUUAAAAAAAAAAAUUAAACGUUUUAUUUUCCACGUUAAAUAAAUAUAAUGCCUCAAAAAAAACAUUUUCGUAAUACCUAGAUGCGAACGAUCAA